GUAUAAUCUGACAGUGGGCAGCAUUCCUAGGCUAGCAGCCAGCACAAGUGGGGAGUUCCUGCAGGAAGAAGAGAACUUCCUCCGUGGUUGUAAAUGGUCACCGGAUGGUAGCUGUGUGCUAACUAACAGUAAUGACAACUGCCUGCGAAUAUUUGAUCCCUGCAGUAAGACUGGUACAAGCAGGUUCUCAGACAAUACACAAAUGACGGCAAACGUGAAGAUGAAAGAGUGUAGUAUUGUGUAUGAUUAUGCCUGGCAUCCAAAGAUAAAUCUAGCACAGCAGGAUCAUUGCAGAGUUGCAUGUACGUGUUCAGGAAUCCCAAUCCAUUUGUGGGACACAACAACAGGGCAGAUUGUGGCCAACUACCGAGCAUAUGAUCAGUUUGAUGAGAUCACGGCUGCAUACAGUCUGUCAUUUUCUCUGGAUGGGCAGAAAAUCUAUGCUGGAUACAAUAAAGCCAUCCGGAUAUUUGACACUGACUAUCCUGUGCGGUCAUGUAAAACUGUCAAAACUUAUAAUUCUCAGAGAAAGGAUGGCCAGACAGGAAUUAUUUCAAGUUUUGCCUUUAGCCCAGAUGGAAAUGGCUUGUAUGUGGCAGGAUCUUACAGUCGACACAUUGGCCUGUAUGACUCUGCAUGUGACAAGCUGGUGUGUUUGAUGCAAGGGCAGCAUGGUGGAGUCACCCAUUUGAUGUUCUCUCCUGAUGCAACCAAGUUGUACAGUGGUGGCAGGAAGGAUGCAGAAAUCUUAUGUUGGGACAUGCGGAACAUGGACAAGCUUUUGUUCUCUGCCCUUAGAGAUGUGAAGACAAACCAGCGAAUGUAUUUUGACCUGUCUCAAUCAGGUCGUUACCUGGUGUCUGGAAACAAUGAUGGCACUGUUGCAUUUUGGGAUACCCUCAGCCCUAUUGAGGAGAUUAAUGGAGAUCCAUUUCUGAAACCUUGCUCACAGUUUCAGGCACAUGGUGACUGUGUGAAUGGAGUCAGCUUUAACCACCACAAGAACCUGCUGGCUACAGCAUCUGGUCAACGACACUUUCAGAACUUUGACUAUGAUAGCAGUGAUUCAGCCGAAGAUGAGAACAUGCAGCAGCAAACUGAUUUACCAGAUUUUUCUUUGCGGUUGUGGCAGAUUCCAGUUAUGUCCUGA